UAGGCUUUACCUGGCAAAAUAAAAAAAAGUUUAGUUUGAAUGAAGUUCCAUGUGUCUCAAUGAGAUUAUUUAAUCUCCUGGUCACGUAAAGGAUACUAAAUAAGCCAUGACCCCAGGUAAAACUUGGUAAGGCUCAUAUAGGUCGAGGAAUGAUUCGCUAUUACAAUUUAAAAUGUGAAUGGACUGUAACUCCUUCCUGGGAUUUAAACUCUUCCGACUGUGUCACAGCACUGAGCCAGUACAACUGAGAUCCUGAGUUUGAAUCCAGCUUGCAGCUACCCAUAAAUAAACCACAUUCUCACGUGUACUGAGAUGACGAUCUCUGCCUGACCUCAGCAUUCACGAUGACUGCACCGGAUGUCUGCAUCCCGUUGGACUCGCAGGACGCGUGGAAGUGGGUGCUGCUGACGGUGUGCGGGGUGUGGCUGCUCUACAAGGUGGUGCGCGAAAUCUUGGACUUCUGCAAGUCCCGGGCUCGGCUGGCUCGCUGGCGCUGCAGAUGCCAGCGCGCCCUGGAGGAAGAUCUGCGCUUCUGCCACCCCGAGUGGCCCCAGGAAGAAGUUUACAUCAGGAGGGAAAUGGAAGAACUCAGGAAUGUGAAAUCAUAUUAUUUGAAUGAUUAUUGGAACAUACAUGACUGGCUGGUGAACCUGCUGCUGCUGGCGCUGCUGGUGGUGCAUGCAGUGCACGCGAUCCGCCCGGGCGACGCGGUGGCGCUGCUGCACGUGCGUGUGGCUGCUGUCGCCCUCGUCCCGCUCUGGCUGAGCAACCUCAAGCACAUGCGUGCAUUCAGCUUCUUGGGCCCCUUCGUGGUGAUGCUGGGCAAGAUCGUGCGCUGCACCUUCAAGUUCAUCUUCCUCUCGGCGCAGUUUUUCAUCCCCUUCUUCUUCUCCUUCUGGAUCAUCUUUGGCAACAACGAGAGCAUACCCUGGAUGCAGACGGUGGACACCAUGCUGUUCACCAUGUUCCGCAUGAGCGUUAUCGACCAUUACCCCUACAUGGAGAUGUGCGCCGUCGACACGCCCAUGACCUACAUCCUGGUCGCCUCCUUCCUGCUGUUCACCGCCAUCCUCUGCAACAACAUCUUCAUCGCUAUGCUCAACUACGCCUUCGCCACGGUGUACCACGACAUGGAGGGGAACGUGUACAUGCAGCGUGCGAGCAUCUUGCUGGAGGCGGAGGACGAGGGGGUCCUGCGGGGGCGGCGCGAGGAGGCGCGGCGCCGCGUGCACGAGGAGGGGGCGGCACUGGUGGCUCCGUGGGACCUCACGGCGACCGCGGCGGAAAACGGUCACGGGGCGGCGUUCGGGAUCAAGGAGGAGCUGGACAAGUUUCUCGAUUCCCUGAGAGUCCGGGAUGAACGCGAGCCGAGUCAGCCGGACGUCAAGAGCAUCAGGCGGCCGCAGAAAAGGGCCGUGUUGCGCUUCCGACGUGAACUCGAGAUCCUGCGCCGGGAGGUGGCCGAGCAGCGGCGGGCACUGGACCGACACUUCCACCGCGCGCAACUCGGCCUGCACUCGCCCGUCGGCGCGCUGGAGCCGCCCGACGCCACGGCAUGAAGGCGCCGUCGCCGUGGGGUGGCGUCGCCGACCGUGCUCGUCGCCCGCGCCCCCGUUGAGUUGCGUCACCCCCGUUGAGUUGCAUCACCCCCAUUGAGUUUGUCGCCCCCGUUGAGUUGCGUCACCCCCGUUGAGUUGCAUCACCCCCAUUGAGUUUGUCGCCCCUGUUGAGUUUGUCACCCCCGUUGAAUGCGUCACCCCCGUUGAGUUCGUCACCCCCGUUGAAUGCGUCACCCCCGUUGAGUUCGUCACCCCCGUUGAGUUUGUCACCCCUGUUGAGUGCGUCACCCCCGUUGAGUUCGUCACCCCCGUUGAGUUUGUCACCCCUGUUGAGUGCGUCACCCCCGUUGAGUUGCGUAACCCCCGUUGAGUUUGUCACCCCCGUUGAAUGCGUCACCCCCGUUGAGUUCGUCACCCCCGUUGAGUUUGUCACCCCCGUUGAAUGCGUCACCCCCGUUGAAUGCGUCGCCUGUGCUCCAAGAGGGCUGUGGCUGGCAUGACGGGCCCUCGUGCAAGGAAUGAAGUGGCCAACUCCCCGUUCCCACCCCCCCUAGUCCCCAGGUUCCCGUCUAAUUAUAGCCCGGCACCUGGACCCCUCUAACCGGUAGGCCCCCUGCUCAGUUGCAUCGCCUGCGCACUCGAUAGCAGCGCCACCGCCGUAACCGCUACUUGCGUUUAGUUUGUCGCGGUUGGCUACAUACGGUCCGAAAGAAGUUCAACAUACACACACACAGACGUAAUGGGCAAUGCUUGAACAGGCGUGGUCGAGAUGUCACUCCGUUGGUAGAAUGGUAGGGGUCCGCAUCGUGAAAUUUUGAGUUAAAAUCGAGGCCAGGGUUUGGCUUAACCAUUCAUUGCCAUGAGCACCACCUGAUGAACGGCACUGCGUAAACGUCGACAGAGGUCGUCCCGUGAAUGGAAUGGUCCUGGUAAUGUGCAACUUCAUCACUGCCAACAGAGAUGGGCACGAGGGAGGAUUUUACAACCGGCGUGGAACUUUCCUACUUCUACUCACAGUAAACGGUUCGAUGCGUGCACGCCCCGUUGCCUCGGGGUUGAGCGGUAGUGAUGCGGUUGCACUAUACACCUGGUGACCCGAGUUCAAUUCCUGCCCAUGCAUAACAUCGGCGGUGAGUGAUAUCUAAGUCCUGGCCACGGCCCCUCACCACCGACCCACACCACCCACCCGAGUGUGCUUGUUUUAAUUGCACACCGCUGCCAACGCGGUGUAUUUGUCACGUGAACACACGCGACUGUGUGUGUGUGUUCACGUACCGUACACACGCGCAGUCGCGGUGGCGAGUAUGCAGGAGGUCGUCGCUUCGACCCGACCCUGACGCCUGCUGUAUAUUUGGAGUCUGCAUGUUCUCUCCGUGGUUGUGUGGAUUUUUCUCCGGGUCCUCCGGUUUUUCUCCUCUCGAUUUAGAAUCAACAUCACGCGUAAUUGAGAGUAUUUUACUGCUAUACAUUUCCACGUCAUAAGCCACAUUGGUUGAGCGAUAAUUUGUGAUAGCCAGGUCGCUUCUGAAAAACAGCUACAUAGCUCAGUGGGCCUUACUUGGUAAAAUGUAAAAAAAUAUUUGCAUAGUUUAUAGUACAUAUAUGUGCCAUGCGGGGAGAGCAGCAGAGCAGCGGUAAGAGCACUGCACUACGAACUCCGCAACCAGAAGUUACAUUUUCGUGUGCACGGCUAACAUCGGUGGUGGGUGAGUUUCUGAACGAGUCUAUGCUCUCACCACCCCCUUCACACCCACGCUGACCAGCAUGGCGAGGUAAGGCUCAAACAAUCCCCACGUGACCACAACGGCACGCGGGAGGGAGAGGGCCUUCAAUCCAGAAGCGGAUCGACGCAAAGGGCUGUAAAUGAUGAAGAUCAAACAAUGAAUUGCGGGUGCCCCAAAGUGGGUGUUGCGGUGCGACUGCCCGGCUGGAAGCCGCGCGAACGCAGAGGGAAGGCGGUGAUGGCGCUGCAAAUGCGCCACUGGCGCGCGUGGCCCCAAUGUAUAAAAAAAAAAUCUCACUCCUCGGGGAGGGUGAACGCUGGAGACCGAAUGUCCUCCUAAUCCCCUUUCGUCGCUGUUAGCCGCUCGCGACGCGCUUGGUUCGAAACCCGCCGUUAUUGUUGCUGCUGUUUGAGCUAAAGAAUAAAAACAGCUCCGUUGGUUAUCAUCGCGUGCCUGAAAUCAAAGGGUGACCGUGAAAAGGAUCGUUAAUUCACCAUCAACACGCACGCAACACACACAACUAUCACGGACACCGCAUUUAAAAUAUUUUAGCAACGCACGCCUAACGGAAUUGCUACCGAUAAAAAAACACAACGCGUUAAAACCCCGUUGCAGAAAUGUACGUCGCACUGUGCCCAGUUGCUGUGUACAUUGCCAACAACGGCCUUACAAGUGGUGUUCGAGUGGACGGGGCGGGCGAGCGGCGC